AACGACAAUGCAGGUAUUUGGGUCUGGUAAUAGCACAAGUGGGCAGGUGGCUUACUAUAGUCCUCCCGCUUCUCUCCUCCUUUCCCCUUUCACAUCACCUCAAACAGCAAUCAAAAAAUUUCUGUACAAAUUUAAAUUUAACCGGCAACAUUUCAUCUGAGUAGAUGCAAAUUUAGAAGUAUAUACUGCGUACUGCUUUCACCUAAAUCUAAGAUUCUUUGAAAAAAGUCUUGAUUUUAAUAAAACCCCCCAUUUUUUUCACAUUUCACAAGCCCAGAAAACUAGUCAAAACCAGCACAAAAAUGCCUCAAAUUGCACUAAAAGCUGGUACUAGACCACCAUGGAUUGGUUUAGCAGCUGCAGUUUGGGUUGAAUUUUCUGCCGGAAACUCCUACAAUUUCCCCCUUUUCUCACCUUCACUGAAAUCUGUUCUGGGUUUUACUCAACAGCAGAUUACAAUUCUGGGUGUUGCAAAUGACAUUGGUGAAAGUGUUGGUAUUUUGCCUGGCAUUGCUUGUAAUAAGUUCCCACCUUGGGUUGUUCUUUCUUUUGGUGCUUUGGGUUGUUUUCUGGGUUAUGGGGUUCUUUGGCUUGCUGUUUCUCAGACUGUAUCUAACUUGCCUUACUGGUUGUUGUGGAUUGCAAUGGCUAUUGGGGCCAAUAGCUGCGCAUUUUUCGGGACAGCUGUUCUUGUCACAAACAUGAGGAACUUCCCUAUGAGUAGGGGAACCGUUGCUGGUCUUCUGAAGGGUUAUGUUGGUCUUAGUGCCGCAAUAUAUACAGAGAUAUAUGGUAUGGUGCUUAAAAAAUCUGAUACAGCACUACUCCUCUUUCUCACUAUAGGCAUCCCUAUAAUAUGCUUUUCCAUGAUGUACUUCAUCAAACCUUGUACCCCAGCAUCUGGCGAAGACUCGUCUGAAAAAAAACACUUCAUAUUUACACAAGGGGCAAGUAUUUUUCUUGGAAUAUAUCUCCUAACAACUACAGUUAUUGCUGAUAAACUCUCUGUCCAUAGAGCUGUGUGUUAUGGGUUUGUUGUUGCAAUGGUUAUAUUCAUGAUGGCUCCUUUAGCAAUCCCAAUCAAGAUGACAUUAUUCCCUACCAGUAAAAAGCUUACUGGACCUGUUGAUUCAUCAGGCGAAUUGGCGUCAGGUUCAGAUGAACCAAAUCCAACUGAAGUUACAGAACCCUUGUUGGUAAAAUCUUCUUCUGAAUAUGGGAGUUUUAGAGAGGGUGAUGAUUCUUCUGAUAUGGACAUCCUUUUAGCUGUUGGAGAGGGUGCUGUGAAACAGAAAAGGAGACCUCGUAGAGGAGAUGAUUUCAGUUUCUGGCAAGUGUUAGUUAAGGCUGAUUUUUGGCUUUUGUGGGUGGUGUACUUUCUAGGGGUUGGUACUGGUGUAACUGUUCUUAAUAACUUGGCACAGAUAGGUUACGCCCAAGAAGAACGUGACACAACCAUACUCUUGUCCCUAUUCUCUAUCUGCAAUUUCAUUGGACGCCUUGGCGGAGGUGCUGUUUCAGAAUAUACUGUCAGAUCACAUACAAUACCUCGGACGAUUUGGAUGACAGUUACUCAACUGAUUAUGGUCAUAGCAUUCCUUUUCUAUGCAUUUGCUCUCAAUGGUACCCUCCUCGUUGCAACUGCAGCUCUCGGAAUCUGCUAUGGAGUUCAGACAGCGAUAAUGAUUCCAACCGCAUCUGAACUAUUCGGGCUAAAACAUUUUGGUGUUAUUUACAACUUUAUACAGUUUGGUAAUCCAAUUGGUGCUCUACUUUUCUCAGGAAUGCUUGCAGGUCAUUUCUAUGACAUUGAAGCUAACAAACAAGGAGUAUCAAUCUGUAUUGGUGCUUCUUGCUUUAAGCUUACAUUCUUUGUUCUUGCUGGGCUUUGUGGUUUGGGAUCUUUAUUAAGCAUACUACUUACACUAAGAAUCAGACCAGUUUAUCAAAUGCUUUAUGCUGGUGGUUCUUUCCGUGCACGUCAAAGAUCAGAUCAUUGACAGACAUUGUAGAUCAGAUUACUCUUGAGUGCUUCCUAAUGAACUUGUACUCCUUUGUAUAAUUUCUUUGAUAUAUUUUGUGAGUAAAUCAUGCCAUUAUUAUUAUUA